AAACCUGAAAACACAACCGAGCAGUCACGCAGAGCUCGAACAGCUCAGUGUUGUGAUCUUGAACAGGACUAUACGAUGCGGGAUUUAACCAGGAGAUUCGUUUAGUACCGACAUGUGGACCGCAUCGGACAGAACCGAAGAGUCGGACAUAAGUCCUGCUAACUGGAUCCUGCAACAUCCGGUGUACCAACAGAUGAAGGAUCUGCAGGGUGGAGACAGCGAGCAGCUGCACGCAGCGUUUCUGGUCUACAUGGAUCUUACUGAGGGGCGUCGGUGGACCCAAGUGUCCUGGGUCAGGAGUCCAGAACUGCAGGUGGUUCUGUUGGAAGCGAAGGAAAAGGAUGGAGCACCUGUUCACACCGUCCUGCCCCUGCCUGUUCACCGAUCCCUGAGCCACAGAAGCGUACGUCACACACUGGACAGGGGGUUUCCUGUGCUGCUGUGUGCCGUGGCAUCCGACUCCACCCUCGUCUAUCAGAAGAUGACUGAUGGGCUGGUGACGCCGGACCCCCCUGUGGGACCCUUUCAGGAUGUGGGACGUCGGCAGCACCGGAAGAGACGGCAGCAGUGUUGAGAAAGGAAAAGAUGAACCUGAAGCUGAGGAGCUCCAUCAUGCGAGCGAUAAUUUAAACCAGCACAAAGACGGGCGGGCGGUGUGGAGGUCCCAUCUGACCAACUAAAAGGACAAUAAGAAGAUUUCUGGUUAGUCUUUACAGUUUGAACAGACUGAGCACAUUUGUGUUGGUUUGGCAGCUGUUAGUCCACGUGGACAAAAGAACAGAACUGGUUGGUUAAAAUAUAAAGUUACACUGACUGAUUAUUAUCUGAAGAUGAUUUGUGCUGUUUCUUAUUUUUACUUUUAUAGUUCAUAUACAUUCAUGUUUUGCCUUGAGAACACUUGUCCAUACAGAUGCAAAGAAAUUAGUUUAACUGUUUUGUUUAAAAUAACACACAAAGGGUGUUGAAAUAAGAUGAAA